AUGUCUUCUCACCCGUGCCCUCCCUUCCUUCCGCUGCCCCUGCCCCGUGCGCAGCUGUUGCCCACGUGGCCCAGGUGUAUCCUCAAUGAAGCAGUGGCUGACUUUAUCAUUGCGCAAACAGUGGAUGGAGCCGACGCACCGUCCUUAGGCCUACCGCUGCUCACAGACACAAACAUCACCCUGCCCUCGUCCGUGUGCAAGUACGAGGACCUGAUGGCCAGGACAAUGGCCUUAUUAGGAUGCGAGCAUUUACCUACUCAGUUGGCGGUUUAUCUGCUGCUGGACAGACAAGUAGAGACGGAUCUGGCCACUCUGCACACGCAUCAACUGGAGACGCUGAUGUCGUCGCAGGAUGAUCUCUCUGUUGUUGAGGAGGUUGACACAUCCAACCCCAUCGCUCCGAGGCAAGCGCUGCUAGAUUUCCUCCAAACACACUCGCCCAUAGCAACCAGCCACUCGCGGAGCACCACGCCUAGCAACGCACCCACACCCCCAGAGACCCAAGGAAGUCCCCGGACACAGCCAGGCACGGACAGAAAGGGCGGAGAUGUGCGGGAUUUGUUAAAGAGUGUAUCCUCUAGACACCUCACCAGCCCACCCCCAGAGACCCAAGGAAGUCCCCGGACACAGCCAGGCACGGACAGAAAGGGCGGAGAUGUGCGGGAUUUGUUAAAGAGUGUAUCCUCUAGACACCUCACCAGCCCACCCCCAGAGACUGUGGGUAGCCGACGAGGCACCACGCCUACCCCUGGCACUAAAGCCAGUGCACACGCACACACCCACACACAAUUACAAGGGUACACCGCCACACCGCAGGCGUCCCCAUGGACGAGUGCCGGGGGGUCCUAUCUGCUGGGGUGGUUGCUGAUGCUACGAUACGUCGACAGCGCAUCUCCUGCGGUGCGUGUGGGCUAUGCAGAGGCUCUGCGGGUGUCAGGUGAAGUGACGACGCUGUUGAAUGCCGUGGCUGAGUUGCUACCGUACCACGUGACACGCAAUGCAAACGCCAUCGCUACACACGCGGCUAAGCUGCGUGACUUCGACGUGUGCAAUCUGCGGCGGUCGGACCGCGGUAGCGCCAAAAUCAAUAGAACAUACGGUACAGCCCCAGACAAAACACAGUCAACACACACCCACCACACACACCACACACACGCACAACACACACACACCCCGUCGCCACAGCCACAGCCACAGCCCACACACACCAAUGCCACAGACGGCGCAUCCGUCAAUGGCCACAGCAGCAGUAGUGGUGGUGUUGGUAGUAGUAGUAGUAUUGAGACCAGUGAGGUCGAGGGCAUCAGUCUAUUGGCCGCCCAUGUGUACUAUCAGACGUUGCUGCACCUGCCCGCAUUGGCCCGGUUGUGGUACAAUGAUCUGUCCCGAGGGGCACGGGACAGGGUAGAUCGGUACUCCCAGACGGUGGUGUCGCCGAUGCUCAUAGCGCAGGAGAUCAGUGCGGCGGCUAAUGCCAGUAGCUCCCAUUUAGAUCUCACACUCAAAGCCAGCACAGUUACCAAGGAAGUCACCGCCUAUUACAAUUUGGAUGAGAUUGCCUUGGAAGUGGUGAUCCGCUUGCCGGCCAACUAUCCACUGGGAAUGGUGUCUGUGGACAGUCCCUCUGACAUGGGCAUUAAAUCGUACCGUCGCUGGAUGCUUCAGAUGACAACGUUCCUCUCGUCUCAGAACGGGUCCAUCCUCGACGCGGUGGAGAUGUGGAAGACGAACAUUGACAAACGUUACGAUGGCGUCGAGGAGUGCACCGUUUGCUAUUCGGUUAUUCACGGGUCCAAUUACCAACUGCCCAAACUACGGUGUCGCACAUGCCGCAAGAAGUUCCAUUCCAAAUGCUUGUACCAAUGGUUUCAGUCGAGUGGGGGCUCUACUUGCCCCAUGUGCAGGUCCAGUUUCUCUUAA